AAGGGCUAGAGCAGUGGGUUUAUUUGGACUUCCCUCAAUUUGUAUAGCCCAAAGUUGUCACCUUUCUUCCCCGCAACUUCACGUUUUUCGGGCGCCGCCUUCUGGUUUUCGACUCCAAUCUGAUACAUUUCUGUGAGGUUAAAAGAAAAAGUGACAAGAAGAAAGAGGUGAAUCUCAGAAACAAAAGGAAUAUAGAUAUUUCUUCAUUACCCAUCAAUGCUUAAGAAGCUCAACAAAAUCACUAGGCUCAAUCUUGGGCAUUCUAUUUCCAUCUCCACAGCAUUUAAACCAUACUCAAUCCUUCCCUUAAACCCUAAUGCAAACCCCACAGAACCCUUAACGAAACCCCAGCUCAAGAGCCUGGUUCUCACCCAAUACUCCCAUGGAAACUUCUCCAACCUUGUCCAGAAUGUCAUUGCUUUGCCCUCUGUCCUCCUCACUGCCUGCCAAAACCUCACCAGCUCUGGCAACCCAACACCUGAGACAUCUCAGUUGCUUCCUCAUUUUCUGGAUUCUGUCUCCAAACACUUCUCCAUAAUUGAAAUGAGUAGUGAAAUUAGAGAAAAUCAAUUUGAUAUUGAGUCAUGCUGUGUCAAAAUGACACAAUCAAGGGAUAAAGGUGAGCCUCUGGUUCUGCCCAAUUUGAAAUUAAAGGUCUUGAUUGAAGCUAUCAGGGUGGUAUUAGAAAUUGUCUAUGAUGAACGGUUUGUCACAUUUUCUUAUGGGGGUCGUGUUGGUAUGGGAAGGCAUACUGCAAUUAGGUACCUUAAAAACUCUGUACAGAAUCCGAGUUGGUGGUUUAGUGUUUUGUUUAAGCGUGAGAACUUUCAGAAGUGUAACAUAGAUAAAUUGUGUUUGUUUAUUGAGGAGAAAAUUAAGGAUAUGAUGUUGAUGGAUAUGCUCAAGAGGUUGUUUGAAUGUGAAGUAGUAAGAAUUGAACUGGGUGGGUGUUAUUUAGGAAGAGGAUUUCCUCAAGAAUCUGGCUUGUGUUCAAUUUUGAUUAAUAUUUACUUUGAUAGUUUGGAUAGAGAGAUCCAAGAAAUGCGCCUUAAAAUGAAUCAGAAUAAUUCCAUAUUUGAUUCAAAUGAGCUUGUUUCCACCUCAAAUGUCUUUUAUAAGCCAGAAAAAAUAUAUGCUGUAAGGUACUUGGAUGAGAUAUUGGUCAUAACAUCAGGGUCUAAGAUGUCAAUAUUGGAUUUGAAGAACCAGAUCUUGAAAUUUUUGGAGGUGAAUUUGGAUUUGAAGGUUGAUAGAGUAAAAACAGCUAUCCAUAGUGCUGUCUCAGAGAAAAUUAACUUCUUAGGGAUGGAAUUGCAAGCUGUUUCACCUUCAGUUUUGCAUCCCUCUAUGUCAGAGAAAGCAAUUAGAGCAAGGAAGAAGUAUCUCAGACAGAAGGAAGUUAGAGCUUUGGAAUUGAGAAAUGCUCGGGAGAGGAAUCGGAGGAAAUUGGGUUUGAAAAUAUUGAAACAUGUUUUUAAGAAGUUGAAGCAGAGUAAUGGGUUUAAAUUUGAAUUUCAAAUUGAGAAUGAAGUUAGAGAAAUCUUUAGGACAUGGGCAGAUGAAGUGGUCCAAGAGUUUCUGGGAUCCUUGGAAGAACGAUGGAACUGGCACAGGCUUCUUUCUAGAGGUGAUUUUCUCUCUUUAAGGCACAUCAGGGAUCAGUUGCCACGAGAUCUUGUUGAUGCUUAUGACAGAUUCCAAGAGCAAGUGGACAAGCAUCUGGCUCCUGUCAAAGCUAGAAAGAUGAUAGAGGAAGCAGAAAAGAAAGUUGAAGAAGAAGAGGAACAGAAAUAUGCUCAGAGCACAGUGGAGGAUCUGACAAAGCUGUGUAUGAAGGUAUCUGCUCCCAUUGAACUUGUUCGGAAGGCUGUGAAAAUGGCUGGCUUUACAAAUAAUAUGGGUCGUCCCAGGCCAAUCAGCUUACUUGUUGUUUUGGAAGAUGCUGACAUUAUUAAGUGGUACACAGGCAUUGGGAGAAGAUGGCUUGAUUUCUUUUGUUGCUGUCACAAUUUCAAGAUGGUUAAAACAAUUGUUACCUAUCACCUGAGGUUCUCUUGUAUUUUGACAUUAGCAGAAAAGCAUGAAUCCACCAAACGAGAAACAAUGAAACAUUACACUAAAGAUUUGAAGGUAUCUGAUUUGGAUGGAAAUGAAGAAUUGUACUUUCCCACAGAGAGGGACGUUAAGAUGAUGGGUGAUAAAAAUCUUUCUGACCCAAAACCUGUGGAUGGGGCUCUUUUGUUGGCUUUGACCAGAUUGGCUUAUGGUGAGCAAUUACAUUCUUGCAUUGCACAUUUCUGUGACAGACAAGGUACAAUACUCUACAGGGUAAGAUUACUGCAAAGCAGUUUAAAUGUUAAUUCAUUGAAUGAAGUGCAGUGGAUCCAGGGUAUGGGUGCAAUUCAUGAAAGCCUGAAUCAGAAAUGUCUUCCACUCUGUGCCAAUCACAUAAACGAUUUAUAUAUGGGGAAAAUCACCCUUCAGGAUAUUGACUGCACAUCAUUUGUGGAUGUGGACUGAGUUGUCUCUCCUUUGUAUUUUGAAUGUGAUUGAUUUUGAAUAGUAAUUUUCCUAAAAAUGAUCUCAAGCAGAAUUUACGGAGUCAUUGAUCACUUCUUUUAUUGAAAGUUAAACCAGUGGUGCUUUGCUCUGUUACAUGGAUCAACCAGGAGUAUUGGUUGAAAAUUCAGUUUUAAUACUGUACAGGUGAAUAGAUGUGGACCUUGCUGAUACUGAAAAUUUUUUACAUGCCAAAUAAUUCAAAGAGAGAGUGAGAUACAGAUUAUAUUGAGGGUUUCUUUGCACAGGUGCAGAUUAUAUUUUCUAAAUACAUGUGAAAGAAUACAUCGGGAGUGUGAGAGACAAAAAACGUUGAUUCAAUUAAUCUUGAUGCUUUCAUUAUGGGGAGCAACACUAUUCUCUCUUACAUGUACACUUGCCAUUCAGUCCAAUCUGCAUUUGGAUUAUAUAUAAUAUAUAUACGCCCUUCAUUGUUCAAUUU